CUGCCAUUCUCAGGGAUCCCAGCUACCAUCUGCCGAUAACCAGCCAUGAAGCCCAGACAGUCCUCCUACCUCUUGGGGGCUCUCUUCAUGUUUGUGGUCACUCUGGCCACAGAUGUGAUGCCAAGGUUAAUGCUCCAGAAAGGGGACCCCAGACGAAUAGUUUUCUCAUUCCAGCGAAAGGGGGUUCAGGGUUACCACACUUUCCUCAUGAGUAAAGAUGGGGUAACUCUCUAUGUGGGAGCCAGAGAUGCUAUCCUUGCCCUCGACAUCGGUAGCGCUCCUUCCAUCAGGCUUAAGGCUGAGGUAGAGUGGAGCCCCACAGCUGUGAAAAAGAAUGAAUGUGCCCUCAAGAGCAAAAACAUAAAGACAGAAUGUUUCAAUUUUAUCCGUGUCCUGGUGCAGCUGAACGAGAUGCACCUUUACACCUGCGGGACGUACGCUUUCAGCCCUACCUGCACUUACAUAGACCUAAAAACAUUUACUCUGGCAACUGGCAUAGAAGGCGCCCCCCUCCUUCUGAACGGGAAGGGUAUCUCCCCCUACGACCCUCAACAUCACAGCACAGCAAUCCUCCUCGAUGGCGAACUUUACACGGGUACCACAAACAACUUUCUAGGGAACGAGCCCGUCAUCACUCGUACCCUGGGGAGCAGGACAGCUUUGAAGACAGAUAUCUGGAUGCAUGGCGAUGCAGCUUUUGUGGCCUCCAUCCAUGUCCCGACCCCCCCAGAUGAUGACAAAGUCUAUUUUUUCUUUCGGGAAACUGCAAAUGAGUUUGACUUCUUUGAGAAUGUGAUCGUUUCCAGGGUGGCUCGCAUCUGCAAGAAUGAUGUUGGAGGAGAAAGGGUGCUGCAGAGGAAAUGGACCACCUUUCUGAAAGCUUAUAUCUCCUGCACCCAGCCAGGGCAGUUCCCUUAUACCGUCAUCCAACACAUUUUUGCUGUUCCACAUCAGGGAGAUGGUGCUAUCUUCUAUGGUGUCUUCACUCCUCAGUGGCAGAUGGGAAAUCUUUGGAGUUCAGCAGUCUGUGCCUUCAGCCUUGACGCUAUCAAAAAAGCCUUUGAUGGGAGAUACAAAGAGCUAAAACGUGAUAUUUCCCGAUGGGUGACUUACGGGGGGUCGGACAUGGACCCUCGUCCUGGCAGCUGUUCUGCCACCCCACCUUCAGACGGCACCCUCACCUUCAUGAAAAGCCACUACCUGAUGGAUGAGAAGAUCAAUAACCGCCCUCUGCUGGUGAAGCACAAUGUGAAAUACACCCAGAUUACAGUACACCAAACUCGGAAUGCCUUCGGAGUGCCCUACAAUGUGCUGUUUCUUGGGACAGACACAGGCGCCCUUCACAAAGCGGUGGCUGUUGGCAGCAAGGCUUACCUCAUUGAGGAGAUCCAGAUAUUUGAGAAGCCAGAGGCAGUCCAAAGCCUGGUGCUGGCCCCUGAAAAGGGGAUCGUGUAUGUGGGGUAUUCCAAAGGAAUCCUACAAGUCCCAUUGACAAACUGUAGCAUCUACAAAACCUGUGCCAACUGCAUUUCUGCACGAGAUCCUUACUGCGCCUGGGAUGGACGGAAGUGCAGACACAUCCGGGGUGCAAAAAAGAAUAACUUGGUGCAGAAUAUUGAGACAGGGAAGCCGGAUGUCAGAUGCCUGCAUAGCAGUGGAAACGGCAAUGUCUCGCCAAGGUCAACAAUCUGGGCUGUUGUGGUGGUCCUGGUUUUCUUCUCCUAUCCCAUCAAGCUGAAAGCGAAAAGCAAAUUGGAGGGGUGCAGGACCCUCCCCAAAACCAAUAAAACAUCCUGGCAAGAGAAAGCCCUACUCAAUGGCAACCAGAGCCCUCUGCAAGGCGGCCCUUUCCAGGACGCUGCUGGCAGCUGCAAAUCCUGA